GUCCAGUUCCGGAGAGGUCGUCAAGCCAGCAGCCCAAAUUUCCCGUGUCUCCCGCCUGAUCGCCCCAGCUUGCUGUUGCAAGCUACAGCAGGAUGGCCUCCGGCUUCAUCGGCAUCCCGGUCAUCGUGACUCUGCAGAAGCCGCCAAACACGCUCGUACACGGCGUGGUCGCGGCUGUCGACCCGCAGAAUGCCACCUUGACCCUGCAAGACGUGUACUUUCCUGCAAGCGGCCACCGCCUCCACUCGUACAAUAUCGAAGGCCACGCGAUCGCCGACAUCAGAGUCAACGUCCCUGCACCCCCGUCCGUGACCGUCCCUGCUCCGCAGCAGCCUGUUCCGCCUCGCUCAAACACCCAGCCGUACGUGCAACAUGCCCAAAACCACGCGCAGCAGCCCCCGCAACAGCCGGCCCAGCAGUAUGGCGGCCAGCCUGCGACUCAACCUGCCGCCCAGGGCCUCCGCCAGCCUGCACUCCAGCCUAUACCGCACGCUCAGCCUGCACCAUUUGUCGAUCCUGCGAUUCUCAGCAUGGGCAAGCGAGCACCGCAUGCUCCAGCCGCUAGCCUGUCCAUGAUGGCGCUGCCCCAGGAAGCGCCCGCCACGCCCAUCAAGCCCGUGGCUGCAGCCAUUGCGCCGCCGGCCAGGACCUCGUCUCCCUUCACUGGGCAGGCGAAGCGUGGCAGCGUCAGGAAGCAGAGUGCAGCUACGCUGGCCGGCCCAUUCUCGUCGCUCGACAUCGCGGACGCCGAGGAAGCUGACAGCGAGACGAAGACGACUAUGCCCACAGUGCGACGCGCAAGCAUCAACAAGACUAGAAACGGCAAGCCCAUGGAGGACGUGAGCCCGCAGAAGAACGAUGAUGGAGGCAAGCGGACACGGAGAGGCGGCAAGUCUCGCAAGAAGGAACUUGCAGCCCAGGAGAGGAGGAACGGUGGCGACACUCCAACUAAGGGCAAUGGUUGGAGGAGCACUCCAAUGCUCCAGACUGUCGAGGAGCCACAGACGCGCACCCCAGGCGUCAUCGCUGGCAGGGUUGGUCUGGAGGCUGCCAAUGCUUCAGUGCGCAAGUCGCGGCGUCAGAAAGCACUCGAUGCUACCAACGGAUGGGCUACUGAAGAUGCGACCGACGUCCAGGACAUGCCUGAGUUCGACUUUCAGGCUAACCUUUCCAAGUUCGAUAAGCGCGGCGUGUUCGACCAGAUCAGGAACGAGGACACGACCGCCGAUGAAGACCGCCUCGUCAGCUUCAACCGGCUCGCACGGCCCGGAACACAUGGUGGCAAGAACCUGCACCCUACGGAGAACGUGCUGGACAGCGCGAAGCUGAAGAGCACUACGAACACAAGCUCGGAGGACGACUCGGAUCUCGGCAGCCGUAACUCCAGGCGCGCAAUGUCUCGAGCAUCAGUUUCUGUCAAAAGGGCGCCGACAAGACAGGGUAGUGGCAUUCAGGCUGGCCAUCUGGAGAUGCUAGGCUCUGGGCUUUUGCCACGCGCGAACCGCUCCCUCAUUGGCACACAGUAUACGUCAUCGCAUGGUGCUACCGGAAGUCCGAAGAUCGGGAAGAUCGCUACACCACCAGACUCACCAUUCGACUCGAGCUCGAGGGGAUGUCUACGCCUUGUCACCAACAACCGCAGGUGUCACACCAUCACUCCUGGAGGCAUGCUCGCAGUUGAGGAAAUGGCUGAAGUUGACUUCGGUCUCACAGAAGAGCUCAUCGCCGAAAAUGCCGGCCGCGGCAUCGCAGAGAUCACACUCAAAGCCAUCAACCCCGGCGGCCAGCGCCUCUCCCGCGACAACCCCAACGCGCGCCCCGUCAUUGUCGUCCUCGCCGGCAACCACCGCGGCGGAGCGCGCGCCAUUGCCGCAGCCCGGCAACUCCUCGCGCGCGGGCCCAAAGUCAUGGUGGCCCUGCUCGGCUUUGAACGCAACGCAGACUGGGACCGCGACGUCCGGCGCCAGGUCGAUCUCUUCAAAAAGUUCGGCGGCGCGGUGCGCGCUUGGUCCGACACAGAAGGCGCGCUCAAACGCCUCCCUUCGCCUCCCGAGCUCAUCAUUGACGCGCUGCUCGGCCGCCACAAAGAGUUCGAUGCCCUUGGCGAAACGGAUAGAGCCACGGUGCUCAGCAUUGUCGGCUGGGCUAAUAAGUCCCGCGCUGCGUGUUUGGCGGUCGAGACUCCGUCCGGUGUUGCCGGCAGCACGGGCGAAGUUGCCAUCGUUGAGGGCGAGCCGCUCGAGGUCCGCGCAAAGUACAUCGUGUGUCUGGGUGCCCCGAGGAGUGGGCUGGUGAGAGCGCUGCAGAAUGGUGCUGGGCGCGAUCCGGCCUGGAGUGUGUGGCUCGUUGAUAUUGGCGUCAACAAGCCCUGGCGGAACGCGGGGAUUAGCGGUGGGAAGGGAAUCAAGUUCGAUGAGCAUUGGGUUGUGCAGGCGAAGUUCGUGGAGGAGGAUGGAAGGGCCUAGCACAUCGGGGCCACACUGAGAAGUGACUUUUUUUGCAUUGCGUGGGCGUUCGAUGAAGCGUUGGAUACGCUGUUUACAGGACGGAAAAUAUAGAUACCAAAGCCCAUGAAGGCAUGUAGCAAAGCAUUGCAAUCGAGAAACUUCA